AAAAAAAAAUUUCAGGACAUAACCUUACAAGGUAAAUUUAUUUGAUCACUUCUAAUGGAUGACCUAAAGAAUGUUUACCUUUCACCUCUUCCGGAUUCUCCAUAUGUCAAGCCAUUUAGGAUGAACUACACUCAGAAUGGAAAAGAAAAAAACUGGGACCUUUUAGAAGUCCAUGACAGUGUGGCAAUCAUUAUAUUUAAUGUUACAAGAAAUGUAAUUAUUUUUGUCAAACAAUUUCGGCCAGCAAUAUAUUACAACAGUAUAGCUCCUGAAGACAGGAAAAAGAAUGUUAUUGACACCAAAAAAUAUCCAGCAUCUUUGGGUUAUGCACUUGAAAUGUGCGCUGGAAUUGUGGACAAGGACAAGCCAUUGAUAGAAAUAGCUCGAGAAGAGGUGUUGGAGGAGUGUGGAUAUAAUGUGUCACUAUCUGACUUGCACCAUGUAACGACUUUUAGAGCUGAUGUUGGAGUACAAGGAGCUCACCAAACUUUCUUCUACUGUGAAGUUACUGAUGACAUGAAAACAGAGCAAGGCGGUGGUGUUGACGAUGAGCUCAUUGAAGUAGUUGAAAAAACUAUACCUGAAGUAGAGGACAUCGUAAACUCACCAGGCCCAUUAACAAGUCCUCCCACAUGUCUUUUUGCCCUCACCUGGUUUUUGCUCAAUAAAGCGAACAAAUUCAGAAAGUAAA